AUGUGGGACGGCGACGAUCGCGCCCGCGGCCGCGCGCCGCCGCCGUCGCGCGAGUGCGAGUGGGCCGCGACGGAGGCGUGGCUGCUGGGGGGGUCGGAACGAAACGCCGGUUCGAGAUCUCACCAUCGCGCGUUCCAAGAGCCCCCACGGACGAACGCCAACGCCGCGGGAGGGGACGGCGUCGCGAGGAACGAAAACGCGCCGCCGCGUCCACCCGGAGGGUUAACGGACGAGCAGCGCGCGCGCAUCGCGGCGAAGCGCGAGGAAGCGCUGCGACGACGAGGUAAGGCGGUCCCCAGAUCUGCGCCAUCGCAAUCGCGCCCGCGAACCGUCGUCUUCACCCGUCUCAUCACGCCGCCUCGUCCUCUCGUGACCUUACCCACGGCGGCCGCGGCGGCGAACGCGAACGCGACCGCGCCGCCGCGCGCCGACGCCGCGCCCUUCGCGCGUCCCGCGGCGACCGCCGCGGAGACGUCGCGCGCGCGCCAAGCGCUGACGCAGACGCAGACGCGACUCCCGCCACCGCCGCCGCCGUCUCCGCCGCGACAGCUGUGCGUCCCGCCGCCGCGGCCGCCGCCGCGACAGCUGCGCGUCCCGCCGCCGCGGCCACCCGCGACGGCGUCGCCGCGCGACCGCCCUCCUUCCCCGCCGUCGCCGGCCAUGCGCGACGUCGACGUGUUCCCGGCGCCGGCGCCGGUCUUAUUCUCCCCGCCGCAGUCGUCACCGACGCGGAACCGACGGUUCGCCACUGCGCUCGCAGCCGCGUUCGACGACGGCAGAGGCGCGCCCUCUGCGUCCUCCUCCAAGACGCGCCCGUCGUGGCUUCUUCGCCCGCGCGACGCCGCCGGGAACCCGCGCCCCGCGACGCCGACGUCCCCCGAGCUCCGCGACGCGCUUCGACUCGCGAGGGCGCACGACCCGGCGACGUUGACCGUCUCCGACCGCGAGCUGAGCGCGCUUCCGAACUUCACGCGGCAAUUUUGGGAGACUAAGCGCGCGCUCAUGGACGUCGUCGUAAUGUGCCGCCACGGCACGUUCUACAACAUGUUCGACGUCGACUCCGACGUCGGGAUCGACGUGGGGUUAAACAUCAGCGGUAAAGCGUGCGCGUUCAUGCAAAAAGUCGGGUGUCAUCACGAAGUCUUCGACGCGUGGGCGAGGAAGGUGCUUGCGAGGGGGUGGGCCGUCGCGCGCGUCGAGGAGACGGACGAGAAGGACGCCGACCGCGGCGGGAUCAUCCGGCGGGAAGUCACGGAGAUUCUCACCCCCGCGCUGGAUCGCGGGCUGCUGCGGGACGACGCCGCGUCGUACCUGCUCGCGCUCGCGGAGGCGCCGUGGCCGCCGGAAGACGACGAGGACGGCGACGGCGACGUUCAGAUCGGCGUCACGAUGAUCGACGCCGCCGUCGGAGAGAUCAUCCUCGGGUCGUUCGUCGACGGGCCGUCGCGCGACGUCCUCGCCGCGCUCCUCGCGCGCGUGGAACCGCGCGAGGUGAUCGUCUCCGUGACGCGGCGGCGCGGGAAGGCGAGCGACGCGACGCUCGCCGCGCUGACGAAGCACGGCCGCGAGCGAAGAGACGCGUGCGCGUUUCGACGCGUCGAACGCGGCGACGGCGCGCCGCCGGAAUUUACGCGGGAGGACACGCUCGCCGCGGUGGCGCACUUCGGCGGGAUCGAGCGCGGCGACGGCGGCGAGGGCGACGGCGGCGAGCUCCGACUCCCGCGCGCGCUGAGGGACGCGUCGCCGGUCGCGAUGGAGUCGCUCGCGUACGCGGUGCGACACUGCGCGUGGGCCGGGUGCGCGCCCGCGGUGUUGUGUCAGGGUACGUUCCGGAGGCUCGUGAUCGGCGACGGCGAGGCGCCGCCGCCGCCCUCGGAGACUACAGGUACUGGCGACGACGCGUACGACGACUACGCCUCGGAUCCUCCUUCCGCGGCGGCCGCGCUCGCGGCGAUGGGGAUGCGCGCGACGUACGACCCGGACGACGCCGCGAACGUUCGAGUGGACGCGGCGACGGCGGCGUCUUUGCAUCUCGUCCGCGGCGACGGCGGCGGCGGCGGCGGCGGCGGCGGCGACGACGCGUCGGUCGGGUCGCUCCUCGCGUUCCUCGACGACACGGUGACGCGCCCCGGGCGGCGGCGGCUCAGGGAGUGGAUCCUCGCGCCGCUGAGCGACGCGCAGGAGAUCGCUCGGCGGUUGGACGCGCUGGACGCGUUGUGCUGUCAUCAUCAUCGCGGCGGUGGCGCGGGGGGCUCGGCGACGAUUCUCGAAGGCGUUCGACGCGCGCUGCGGGCGAUCCCGUGCGACGCGCAGAGGGGCACCGCGCGCGCGGUCGCGCUCGACGACGCGUGCGCGCGCGCAUCCGAGGCUGCGCUCGCGCACGGCGCGGCGCCGCCGAGCGACGUCGCGGCCGUCGUCGCGGGCGCGGGCGCGGCGGCGGCGGCGGCGGCGGCGGCGGGUCGACGCGGCGGGCGCGCGCGUCUCUUCGAGGAGACGCAGGAUUCCGAGGAGGACGGCGAUCGCGUGGGCGAGGCCGCGGUCGCGUUCUGGUCCCCGCGCGGAAGGGAUCUGCGCGCGUUCGUGGGGACCGUCGACGCGAUCGUCGCCACGGCGGAGGCGCUCGCCGAGUUACCGGCGCCGGGCGGCGGCGGCGGCGGCGGCGGCGGCGGCGGGAUACUCGGAUCGUUCCGCGAGCUCGGCCGCGCGGUGCUUCGUCCGGCGAAAGACCUCCGAGCGCGCGUCGAGCUCGCGUCCGAGCUCGUCGCGCGCGUCUGCGGAAGGAACGGCGGCGGCGGCGGCGACGACGACGACGACGACGACGCGCGCGCGGCCGCGAAGCCGACGCCGUCGAAGCGCACGAAAAAAUCAAAGAAGACCGCGGCGCUUCGCGAUGCCCCGUGCUCGUGGCUCUUCGAAGAAGGCGGCCCACUCG